GCGAAUCGAUCGUUCCUGUGGCCAGCAUCACGUCUCUGGGAACUGGACGCCUUCCCAUUAGGAAUGUGCACCAGAUCGAUGUCUUCCGUCCUCAGAACAUGAUGGAGGCCUACCGCGCCGCUGUAGGCGUCAGCGAAUUGAGCCGCAUUCUUGUCGAAAUGGCCACCAUGUCAGAAGGUAUGUUCAGUGGGUUCUUCUUUUCCUUCUCUCUUCCUCACCGAUUUUGCACAAUACUGGCUCCACAACUUUGCCUACUUUAUCUUUUGUCGGAGGUUUUUUGUAAUUGUUAA